GCUAUGGAGAGCGAUGGACAUCGCGAAGCGGCGGCUGCCGCGACUCUCGAGGCGCUCGAGGCCAUGCCAACAUUCCCAUCGCAGGAGGUUCGUGCCCUGGUCAUGGCAAUGGAGUGCCCCCACUACCUGGAGGUGGCCCACAGUCUGCAGAGGAAUUGGUCGCGAUUCGUGCCCAUGUGGAUGCAGUACAAGCAGAUCAACCGCGUGGAAAAUCGCGCUGAUGACCAAGACAAGCGGUUGGACCGCAUCGAGAACCAGAUCGCUCAGCUUCGGCAGGAGCUGCAAGUGGUCCAGAGUGAAGAGCCGCAACCGCCUCUCCGCCCAAUCUCGGGCUCCAGCUUCAACAGGGAGAUCGACCGCUCAGUGGUGGUCAUCCGCUCCCCGAAGCUGGUCACGAAGUCGAACAUGCAGAACGCCCUGGCGGACUGGCUGCGAGACUGCAACAUUAACGAACAAGAGUACACCUUCGACGAGCAAGAGCCUGCUGGCAUCAUAUUCACGAUGCGCUUCGCUGGUGCCAAGAACUACGCCGAGCGGAAGGUCAACCAAGUCCUGGGCGCCCUCAAGACGCCCUCCCCUGGCAAUGCUCCUCCAAUUUGGAGGUCCUUCCGAGCGGAAUCGAUCGCCGACGGCACAGUCAACCUGUUCGUCGGUCCUGACAAGAACACGGAGAUGGCGCGCCGCGAGCUGGGCUGCAAGAAGAUCAAAGGCGUGCUGGUCCGCGAGUUCCCGCAGAAGCGCUUCUUCCUGGAAAGGCACGAGGGCGAGAUACUACUGGGCCGGAAGCCGAUAUGCAAGGCCGUCCCUGUGGAGGGUCAAGAUAUGCCGAAUUUGUUGCGGGCGAAGGAGAGCAUGCGGGCUGAGGGUAUGGAUGCGCAGCGCAUCCAGCAGCUUGCCGCCGAUGCCUUCGGCCCCGUCACG